GGGAGGACGCCGGCAGCUCGAAAAAGUCUUCGGGUUUCCUAAAAGAGAAACCCGACCCCGACCCCCACGAAUCACCUGCCCCAUGUCGACGAUGGGAGGUGGCAAGGCACCGAUCAAAGGUCCAAUGUUUGUAAGCUUGGGAUACGUCAGAGUAAACCGGAAACUGAGAAUAGAAGGAGGGUAAUUCGAGCGCUGCGCUUUGGAGGGGUCGAGUUUGACAGGAGGGAGGGGUUCAUGGCUGACAUUCACCUCCAUUCUUUUCUCUUCUCUGCUUUGGAAUAGCGAUUCUUUUCACCCUCUUGUGAUCUACUUUGUAUUCCUUUGGCAGUCUUCAACGUUGAAGUCGUUUGUACCCGAGCUUGCACAAUCCAGAUCCCGCCAUGGCAGACUCGAAGCUGAGAAUAGCUGUCGGUUGCGACGACGCCGGCGUCACCUACAAGGACACAAUCAAAGCCGACCUCGAGAAGGACCCCCGGGUCGAGUCCAUCGAGGACGUGGGCAGCUUCGGCAAGGACGACAAGACGGCCUACCCGCACCGGGCGGCCGCGGCGGCCAAGCUCGUGGCCGAGGGCAAGGCCGACAGGGCGCUCCUUAUCUGCGGCACCGGCCUCGGCGUGGCCAUCGCGGCCAACAAGGUCAAGGGCGUCCGCGCCGUCACCGCCCACGACAGCUUCUCGGUCGAGCGCGCCGUGCUCAGCAAUAAUGCCCAGGUGCUCUGCAUGGGAGAGCGCGUCAUCGGCCUGGAGCUCGCCCGCCGGCUUGCCAAGGAAUGGGUCGGUUACCGGUUCGACCCGCAGAGCGCGAGCGCCGCCAAGGUCGAUGCCAUUUGUGCGUUGGAGGAAUAGGGAUGGGGAUGAUAAAAGCGGCGGCCGCC